AUGGCGUCCGUCGCCUCCGAGCGCAUUCCCAUCGCGACGCUCCACCCUUCCUUGCCAGCUCCGGCCACCAAGUCCAUUACCGCCCUUGUAACCAUCCUCUGGCCCUACUCUUCGUCUACCCGCACAUGCGCUCUGCUUCUCGCCGACCCUGAUUUUCGCUUGCGCCGCCGCCGUGGCCAAGUCCGCGUCCAGUUCUCUGGAGAUGCCGCCUACGCCGUUGCGACUUCGCAGCUCGGAAUCGGAGAUAAAGUCGUCCUGAAGCUCGGCGGUAUACAAUGGUUGCAGCCCAGCGGCGAGGAGGAGGUCGUGCGCACCCCGGGAAAGAGCGUCGACUGGGAACUGGGGUUCAGAGAUAGGCUGGCCAUGCUCGUCACCCGCGACGGCAAGCAAUUUGCAAAUAUCCACGUUGAGCGCAGCACGCCCGAGCCAGAAGAAGUCGAGAUCGAAGAGGAGGCUGUUUUAAAUACUCCAAGCAAGAUUGUGGGCAGGUUCAGCGCCGAGGGUCUGCGCUUCAACACUUGGUCCUCGCCGGCUUUCUUGAGGCAUAGCCGGCUCUCUGGCGGGUCGCUUUCGGAUUACGAUCUCUUUGCCGAUGAGGAUGAGUCGAAAAGCCGGAAAAGGAGGAGAACGUCCUUCAGGAAUGUUGGUGUCUGGACUUAUGCCGCUCGGACGCCCUCCCCCGAAAAGGGCGACGCCAUGUCCGUGGACGAAGACGGUCUUGCCAGCCCCACUGAAAGAGUAUUCGCUUCCAAAUCCCAUGUUCCUGCGCUUCCUCAGACACCAACCUCGGCAACAAAUACGCCUGCUGAGCCCGGACUAGAUGAAGAAGAACUGAUUCCUGAGUCUGCCCCUAAUGAAGAUGCGCUGCCCGUAGCUGAACGCGGCGCUGCUCGCUCAAUGGGAAGGAAGCAUCUGCGGGACAGCAUGAAAGAGCAGGAUGAUGCCCUGUAUGAGCAAUAUCUCGAAGAAACGCAUGAUAAUCAAGGAAAAGAUGCAGAAAUGAACGUUUUCCCAGACGAGCCGGAAGAUGAACCCGCUGCACAGUUCUCAUUGCAGGAUGUUGAAGACAUCCAUGGAGAUUCAGAUGUUGAAUCACUACCGUCUGUUCUGACUGACACCGAUGUAGCUGCUCCAAGUGCUGCGGCGUCAGUACGUAUUGACGAGUCCGCGGGUGAUACCGAAUUGGAGUCUGAUGAGGACGGCAUUGAGGUUGUUGAGAUGAGUCCUACCGAGAUGGAUUCGGAAGAACAAGAGUCGGAGCUCUCUGAAAAUGAGAGCCAGGAGACGACGCCUAAUGUCAGGGUUCAACCAGCGCCUAUCCGCUUGUCCAGUACAGAAGAAGACAUGAGCGAGGUCGAGCAGGCUUCACCAGAGACACCCAGUCAACCACAGCUUGAUCAACGCUCAUAUCCCGGUACUUUGAAAGAAUCCGUUGAGUCUGCCGAAGAUGUAGAUGAGCACUCUGAAACUCAGAGAAUGUCUCCAAGCGUUUCAGAUCAAGACAUCAAGAUGCCUUUUGGAGAUACGGAGGAUAGCGCCACUUCGUAUGGAUUUACAAGAGCAAAGGAAGGCGAGCAAACAAACCUGCGUUCUUCUGAUGUAGAAAACCAACCAGCAAGUAUACCAGAGGCAACCCCACUGUCAAAUCUCGCUGCGGAAUCCACUGCUUCUACCAUGCCUCCACCUGUUUUGCUCCUUCCCCAACAGGACCUAACGGACUCAAAAUCUCCUACAAGAACGCCACUCAUUGGUCCCGUCAACGCGCCUUCUACUCCACAGCUUCACCCGGUUGCUUCUACAGCGUUGCCAUUGCCCUCGCCCUUUCCAGGCGCGACAGAAGCGUCAUCUUACAUGGAUGCACGUCCUAGCUCGCUCACGGAACAAACACCACGUGUCACUGAGACCGGCCCGCAACGGCAAGAAGAGCACACGAUACGGCCAGCUACGGCAAUGUCGGUUGCUCAGGCCUCUCAGGAAGCCCUGCCAGGCGCAGACAGCCAGCAAAAAGAUCCUAACCCUGAUCCGGUGGCCCAACUGUUGGCAAAAGCCCCGAAUGUUCCGCAGGAAGACCCUCAACUCAAAAUCCAUGAAGAGGAGAGCCAUCAUUUUGGUCUAGAUGGAUCAGUAUUAUCCGCUGUGCGCGCAUCACGCAAGGCCUCUCGUGAGAAGCCCGAGAUUGUGGAUUUACAGGAAGAAACUCAGGCUCAUGAAUCUAUCACUGGCACCCAUGUGGAGGCCGACCACUCAAGCCCGGUAAUUGGGCCUGAAGCUGAGGAGGAAGCACCUGUUCGUGAGAUCCCCGAACCUUUAGCUGCCCCCAUCAAACCGCUACGAGAUGAAGAACAUCAAACACCGCAGCUGCAGGAUAUCGCGCAUCCCACAUUACACGAGGUAUCGCGUAUCCCAGGUACACAGGACGUUAUUCCCGAUGAGCACGGAUCUUCAACAUCGGUAGCAGCUAAGCGCGCUCCUGGACAGGCAUUGGGUACGAAUCUCUUAGAGCGCAGAGACUUGCCAGAGAGUGAUGAUACGGUGAUGCCUGUGUUUGAGGACGAUGAUUGGGACAUGCCAGAUGCAACAGCCGUUACCCCUCCCGACGUUGCAUCUACUCCCAAGGCGAGUAACGAAGCAAGAGCGAGCGAGAACAGGCCUUCCAGCACACCACAAAAGAGGAUAUUUGACCCAUCAACCUCACAAACAGGCAGACCUCCGGCUUCGUCAGCGGUAGAUAUCGUUGAUCUAGGAAGUGAUAGCUCUGAAGGAGAGGAAGGGGAGCCAUCCGCCGACGUUCCGGUGGAUGAACCGUUUAAAUCGCCAUCCGUUCGUCAGAAGGAAACUGUUGGAACAACUUCUUUGCCUGAAGAGCCUCCAGUUACCCAGCCAGAGCCACAGGCAGAUGAACCACCUCACACGCAAGAAAAAGCCAGAACUGCUCGCAAUCCCCCUUCAACCCCACAGACACGUCGCAGGACUCGCCAGUAUACAGAAGAAUUGGCCUCUCAACAACGCAAGACGCGUCAGUCGACAGUUGAGACCGUUUCUCAGGCUGAUACUUCCACACCUUCCCGGAGCCAGAAACGCAACCUUCGCUCUUCUCAAACCUCACGAACGCCGCGCGCAUCACAAGAAACAUCCGGAGUUGCGGCUCGUGUUGCUCAGCGGCGGAGACGAAUUGAAGUCAAAGAUUCAGAAAAUGAAUGGAACUCUAAUGCGUCAAUCUCAACUCAACGACCGUCAUCGCCGUCUGUUCCUUCCGAUGGCCCUGUUCCUACGGAGUUUGAGCCAUCUGCUGGCUUGGAACCAAGCCAGGUUCUUGGAGAACUUUCUCAGAUGAGCCAGCAAACUCGGGAGGAAAGCUUAGAGCGGCCGUCAAUGAGUCCAAUCACCCCUGUGGCCCCGGAACCUGCCUCAAAUAUUUCCCUCCAUGCUAGUCAAGGCUCUUUCGAAGAUCCGCAUGAAGCCCAGAAUCAGAGGCUUCAGAGGGAACUGGAAGGCGAUACAGACGAAAACUUGACUGCGGAGCGCUCUUCUUCUCCCUUUCCUGAACUCGAUUUUAAAUGGGGCUCUAAGAAGCAAGAGGAGCAAACCGAAACCCAACAGUCGUCUCAGCAAGUGCUUGAGCAGGAGGCUCAAAGCAGGCAAUCCUCGAUUCUACGUGAUGAAUAUGACAACAUGGGCCCCACUCAUUCUUCAAUGUUGCAGGACGACUCAAGCAUCAUACGUGCAAUGAGAACCUCGCAAUUCCCCUUUGAACUCAUGCGGGAAGAAGAACAAGUGACGCAGUCAGUAGAAGACGACGACUCUCAACAGACUAUUCGGGCCCCUUCUCCCAUUGAACGGAAGCAGUUUGGAGAGGAGACUCAAGUUGAAGAAUCGCAAAGUGAGCACAUGUCUCAGACUCGCAAUAACGCUACUCAUGGCCAUCAAUCACCGACGAUGAUACAUGAGCAAUCGCAAGACGUGUGGUCAUCCCCUCCGAUUGAGGCGCCAAUCAAUCCAAUAAAGCCGACAACCCGUCCUCAGCAUCCUCAAGAAAGUAGUAUUCUCACCCCAGAAGCAAGUCAGGAGCUCUCUCAGCUGCAGCCCACUGCGCGGAAAGCACAUGACGAUAGCCACUUCCCGCCCACACCCCAUCUGACACAAGCAACACUCGCAACGCCUAGCUUCUCUCACAACACUUCGCAAACAGCAGAGAUGCAAACGGUUAUCCAGCCAAACGUCAAACAGCAGCGGGACGAAGCCUUAAAUGAGGACACCGCCAUGACCGACUCCGUUGUCGCCCCUCACUCACCUAAAGCAGCAGACGACACAACCAUGGCCGAGCUCCCCCAGCCACUGAAGUCCAGCACCAUCGAACGCACGUCGCCACCGCCGACGCAGCAGCAGCAACAACAGCUACUACAAGAGUCCCUCUCCCAAGGCACGCGCACGGCAUACUCAUACUUCACCUCGCUCAACAACCUGCGCUCGUUCGUCAACUCCCCAUCGCAGCAGCUCGUCGACGUGCUCGCCGUCUGCACCCGCCCCAACAAGCUGCCCGUCCGCGCCACGGCCGGGGCGCGCGACUACCACACCGUCUUCAGCAUCACGGACGCGAGCUUGCUUAACCUGGAUGGCGGUGGCGGCGACGACGACGAUGGAAGCAACGGUGAUGUCGGCGGCGGCGCCAACGAGCAAACGGUCCGCGUGCAGGUCUUCCGCCCGUGGAAGGCGGCGCUGCCGGAGCUCGACGUGGGCGAUCCGGUGCUGCUGCGCGGGUUUGCGGUCAAGAGCAGCAAGAAGGGCCUGAUGCUGGUGAGCGGCGAGGAGAGCGCUUGGUGCGUGUUCCGGUACGGACAUGGGCAUGGGACGUCGCAGUCGCAGUCGCAAUCCCAAUCGCGGGCUUCUUCGGUCCAGAACGGGGGCCCUGAGGACAAUGACGAGGAGAAGAAAGAAAAGAAGGCCAAGAAGAAGGAGAAGCGGAAGAGCACCAUCAUGGACUCGACGAGGCCGAUCUGGGCCGAUGUCAUGAGCGGGCUUUGGGGCGCGGUGAUACCGCCGUCGUCGGGGCCGGAAGAGGAAGGAGGCGAGCAGAAGGAGGACUCGUCAGAGGAGGAGAGUGCAGAUGAGAAAGUGGAAGAGAGUCAGCUUCGGCGCUCUCUUCCUCCGCUUCAUAAUCCAGUCAGUGGUGCGACGAAAGAAGAGGUGCAUGGGCCGCCGGUCGAGUAUGGCGAUGAGGAGAGGAGGCGGGCGUGGGAGUUGAGGGAGUGGUGGGUCGGCGGCGAUGGCCCAAAAGUUAUCAAGGUUGAGGAAGAAGAGAAUGGGAGCAGCGUUGUGAAAAAGGAAAAGAAGAGUGAAAGCGUGGUGGAAGCAAAUGGCGACACGGAAGGACGGAGCGAGCGGAAGAAAGAGGAAAAAGCCAAAGCGAAUGAUAUCUUCCGGGCCUUCAUAUGA